UAUUAAUAAAUAUUAAGACACAUAUAUUGACUCUACAAUAUAAAGUACUCCCAAAAUUAGAAUCCACUGCAUGCUAAGUAUGAGAAUGCUAACAUUUAUUUUUCAGCCAACGGUUUUAUUCCUCCUAAUAUUCGCAACUGUUUUACAGUUUCCAAGUGUCACGGCCACCAACUAUAAGAUGACCACCUCUCACAAUCAAGCUCAACCUGGCUCUUCUAAUAGCUCAUACCCAGAUGAAUACAAAAUUGCAGCCCUUGUCUUCUACAGCUGUAUCUUCAUAAUUGGAGUAUUUGUUAAUGUCACUGCCUUAUGGGUUUUCAGUUGUUCCACCAAGAAAAGAACCACUGUAACCAUCUAUAUGAUGAAUGUGGCAUUGCUGGACCUAAUAUUUAUAAUGAGUUUACCUUUUCGAAUGUUUUAUUAUGCAAAAGGUGAAUGGCCAUUUGGCGAACACUUCUGCAAGAUUCUCGGGGCACUCACAGUGUUUUAUCCGAGUAUUGCCCUAUGGCUUCUUGCUUUUAUUAGUGCUGACAGAUACAUGGCCAUUGUGCAGCCGAAAUAUGCCAAAGAACUUAAAAAAACAUUCAAAGCCGUGCUAGCAUGUGUGGGAGUCUGGAUAAUGACCCUGAUAACCACCAUCCCACUCCUCCUGCUCUAUGAAGACCCUGAUAAAGCCUCCAGCCCUGCCACCUGCCUCAAGAUUUCUGACAUCGUCCACUUAAAAGCUAUUAACAUAUUGAACUUCACUCGACUUAUAUUUUUUUUCUUGAUUCCUCUGUUCAUCAUGAUUGGGUGCUACUUGGUCAUUAUUCAUAGUCUCCUCCAUGGUAGGACAUCGAAGCUCAAACCAAAAGUCAAGGAGAAGUCUAUUAGGAUCAUCAUCACACUCCUGGUGCAGGUGAUCGUCUGCUUCAUGCCUUUCCACAUCUGCUUUGCUUUCCUGAUGUUGGAAGGGGAUGAGAACAGUUACAAUCCCUGGGGAGCCUUUACCACCUUCUUGAUGAACCUCAGUACCUGUCUGGAUGUGAUUCUCUACUACAUUGUUUCAAAACAAUUUCAGGCUCGAGUCAUUAGUGUCAUGCUAUACCGCAAUUACCUUCGGAGCGUGCGCAGGAAAAGCUUCCGAUCAGCUAGUUUGCGGUCACUAAGCAACAUAAACAGUGACAUGUUAUGAGUAGUAAGUUUUUUGUCUUCAACCUCCUUAAAUUCACUUUACUAAUUACCCUAGAGUCAGUGGACAUUUUGUAUAUUAUCAAGUCCCUUCUUUCCUGAAAAA